CCAUGCAUUCAUAUGAGUGUAGAUGUGUGUGUGUGUGUUUGGGCGGGGCUUUUCUGACCAGUAGCCACAUUUGCAGUUGGUCACGUUUCAGGAAGGAGGCAGAAAGUGGUUUGUUUCAUUUCCUCUUCUUUCUUUUGCUUUUUCAAUCUUUCUCACUUUCAUUUUAUCUAUCCUUCCCUUUCUCCUCUUUCUUUCUGUUUCUCUGUAGUUAUCAUCCUCACUGAAUAAACGGUUAUCUUGCUUUUGUCGUAUAUGUACACAUUUAGCCUCAACUGGCUAGGACAGGUACACAUGGCGGCAUUUUUUAUGGUGCUCAUGAAUUAUUCCGUCUGAAAAAGAUGCUCUGACCUCAGCGUGACUCUCUAGCAUCAUUUCCUGAAUAACACAAAAAACGGGGUGGGAGAAUGUGCAGUAGCCUCUGUUUCACCUCUCUGAUGUUGUUUUAGCAUCCUUAACAAGAUUAAUGAAUGUUUAUAGCGAAAAUAUGAUUUUUGUUUUUUAUCUAAGCCCAAUUUUCUCUGUUUAUACUUUGUGCUUCUGAAAUCAAGAGGAGAAUGAUGGAUGGAGGGGUUGUUAUGAAGAAGAAAAAUGGAGGAGAUGACAGCGAUAAAGAUUUUCCCGCGGUGGACACAGAAUAUCAGCAGCAGACAAGAGCAGAAACAGUGAAAGCAGUGGUGAGAUGAACAGAUAUUGGGUAGGAGGAAGGGAAUGAAAAAUGAUAGGAGAGAACAGAUUAAAGCAGGGAAAGUGAUGAAAGAGGCCAGAGGACAGGAAUUUAGCCUCGGACGACUGGACUCUGAGAUGUCUAGAGGGGGAGGAGACGGAGAGGAAAUGGUUCACCCACUGUGACGAAAAAAUCCAGAUCAUGUUUUUGAUAUUUCCUCCUCCCACGCUAGAUGCUGUUCAUAUUUCAUGGAAUCUGCAGCUCUCUCUCUCGUCCUUGUGGGUGACUAGAAACGGCAGAAUUGUCGUCAUCAUCGUGCACAUGCACUGAAAGGAGGAUACCUGGGAAAAAAAUACUGGAUUAGUCACUUUAUUGUAUCAUUUCCUGAAUGAGGGCUCCAGGGAUCUGUCUCCUUUCAUUUCUACCUCCUUUGUUUCGUUGUUUCUCCCCAGAUAGGUGGCUGAUGUAACUUUUGAGUGUGUCUGUGGGUUUUCCUGCAUCCCAGUGAAAACUGCCUGAGGCCUGGUGGUAAAUGAGUGGUACUUAGAGAAAUACACCAUUAAACCAUAACAGGCCUCACUGCACUCACAUAAGAAAAAGUUAAACUGUGCAACAUGUGUCUCUAUUUGCAUGUAUGCACUUGAGUUUAGAAGGGGUGUCUGAGCUGCUGUUUGUAAGUCUGUAUGUGCACUAGUGUUUGCUUGCGUGAUAACCAGCCCACUGGAAAGGCAUCGCCCACAUCACGGCACUGAUGACUCACACUCCGAAGCCCCCAAAAUAGACCAAGCUAGCUCUUAUCCCUGCUGGUACACACACUAACACACACACUCACAUACACACAUGAGACCUACACUCACACACUUUCUCCCACAAAGCAUGCUGUUGCAUUCAAUAUCUAAGAGCUCUUGCUGCUUGGUGGAAAUCUCAUCUUCCCUGUGUAGUGCCCUUUAUAGGUCCCUACUGACACACUGGGGCCCACCCAUACUGCUAUGAUGUCUGUAUCUCCAGUCUCCACGAUCAGACCACAUGACCUGGGUCCAGACCUCACCUUCAUUACCUCAUCUGUUGAAAAGAGGACAGACUGUGCCCUCGGGCUGCAGAAUACAUGAACUGAGACUUUAUGACAAACUAGCCUGUGUUAUCCAUACUAAACAGGCUGAAUGUCAUCAGGCAGAUGGUGUUCAGUCAUUGCACAGGCGACUGCAUACGCCCUCACUGGCCUUUCCUUGCUUUUCCUGCUAGAUCAGGUGGCUUCCUCAAUAUCAUCUGUCACAUUCAGCCACUGUAUCCAUUAACUAAAAUACAUCUGAAGUAAGGUUUGAAAUGCUCAAAUAAAAAGUGACAGACAGAGAGAGAGAUUAGAAUAAUAAAUAAAAAUAUUAAAAAGAUCCAACGUACUGUACUUGAAAGUAUAAUUAGAGGCCACUCAACUAAAAGUCUGUGCUGAACAGUUCUUCAGCCUGCCCUUCCUUGCAGAAUAAUCAUCGGUGGGUCAUGAAUGCUUGAGGCUGUAAUCAUACCCUCUUCUCUCUUUCAGUUUCAUAGUAAGGCCUAAAGAUGAACUGUACAAUGGCAGAAAAAUCCAAAAACAGUCCACCAUGGUAAUCUGUUGGGAUUACAAUUCAUAACUGUAAUCUCUCUGUUGUAAUGUGAGCUGCAGUCAAGCAGGAGAUGUGGGUUUAAGUUUGCGAAGAGCUGCAGAUUGCAUCUGCAUUGCUGAUGCCGUUCUACAGGACUGUGGUUGUCUUUACCAAGAAGCCUGCUGCCUAAGUCACUGUGGUGUCUGUGUGGUAAGAGUCGCGUGUCUGGUCUGAGCAGCAGUAGGCUGAAAUUUUUUGUCUGUGUCAUUUUAAAUUAAAGCAAUUCACAUUUUUGUGAGUGUGCAGAUGUGACAAAACUGUACUCCUGAUCCACUGUCAGCAACAAGAUCGAGUUCUUCUCAGACAGUUUUCGGACGUUACGGUUAUUUUAAUAAGUCAAAAAAUCACAGGGUUAACAGGAAAUCAGGUUGGGUAGGGAGGAGGUGUAUGGUUUCAAUGGUGGGGGAAAAAAGUGAAAGUAGAACAGACAGUUCCAAAUAAUUUCAUAUCUGUCAGGUUGAGUAUAACCAUAUUAUCUGUUCUACUGUCAUUUGCUACCAUCAGCAGAGGAUUUAUCAUUACCUCUGCUGGCUUGUUUUAUAUCUCUUAGUGAUUUGUCAACAUAGUAAUGCAGCGUGAGGGUCCAUAGAUGCCUGAUAUUUACAUUACAUAUCAUUCUUUUUUUUUUUUUUAACUUUGCCAAUGCCCUCAGCUACACACAUAAACAAGUACUGGUAUACCUAUGCUGUCUGUUAGUGUCCACUGUGUCUGUCUGUGACAGACCAGAUAUCUGUUAGUUGUUAAUUAAUGGACAUCACUGAUCAGCACCACCAGCAGCCUGCUGGACAACAACAAUCUGCCACACUUGGAGAAGGUCUCCUGUGAUAUUUGUGUUUAUGAGCAGAACAAGGCCUUGAAAUCACACCUUGGGUAUUACACCUCCUACUGUUAGACUCACACUGAACCUCAUGAGAGGGAUGCAGGCUUAAAAAACUUAUCACAACAGAGAAGAAGCAGUGUUUGAUGUCCCUGUAGCUGCUCUCCAGGAUAAAGCAGCCAUUUCUGUGUUGGUUGUAUACUGAGGCAAAUCAUAUAAUCCAUGGGAAAUGUCCUUCUAGAGGCUGAGUAUGGGGUUGAGUUUUUUCUGUUUGUAAAAGUGCAAAGAAAUGUAGAAUUGCAAACCAGCCAACAUAAACUGUGACCCAAAAUUACAAUCCUUAAAAAAAUCUGAGCACACAGAGUACAGCUUCAUCAAGCUCAGUGAAGAGAAGCAGACAAGAACAGCAACAGGAUGAAAGCUUCAAAUAGAGCCAGAGCAGGAAAUUGCUGAUCCAAAGAAUAGAGGUGCAGAGCUGUGAAGACAAGAGAGCUGGAAACACUGUGAGAAUAGCUGGAGUCUGAACCCUGAACACAGCACCCUCCAAACUUCACCAGCUGAGGAGGAUCUUUCAGACAAACCAGAGAGAGGAGGGAGAGGGAGAAAGAACUGCUUCCUAGGGGAGAGUCUAGCAAACACAGGCUCAGUGCCUGAUUGGUCGAUUACACAUGAAUAUGUAUCUGAUAUUUUGUCUUGUUUUCUUGUGGGAGGCGAUUUAUCACAGGUCGCCUGGAGUCGUGGACUGUGGCUUAUUUGCAAUUUUCAACAUAGAAAAUGUGUUUGGCAACAUCUGUUCACCUCUGUUCUACAGCAGACAGGGAAGAUUACUCUUAUGUUCAGAAUGAAUUCUGAUCAGUAGCCCUACGUGCACCUACAAUGCAAAAUGACUGAAGGCUGAUAGUGGGUGUGAAACACAGUGCGGCAGCUAUUAAUCUCACAGCACUGCUUUAAGAAGACAUUUUAUGGUCAGUGUUCUUUGUUAAAAAUGCAGCAUACAGUGAUAAAAUAUGAUGGGGCUUUACAGCAGCAUGACACAGUGAGAUUCGUCUUCUUACAUCAGGCACGGUCGUGAAAGAGGGAGAGGGGGGGAACACAAUAAUUAAUCAGCCGAUAAUCGUCCGGGGUGACGUCAGGGCUUGACCUACUUCUGAUGACCAUGAGGCUCUGACUGACAGUUGAUGACUGCAUCAGACACAUGGAAGUGUUCCCACAUAUUUGACCAAAACCAUUACCGGUUUGACAUUUUGAAGAAACAAAAGCUGUCGAGAUCCAAAAACCAAAGAGCUUUGUGGCUGAUGGCUCCUAAUGCAGCAAAGCUUCUUUUCACUCCCACCGUCCGCUCCUUUCCUCUCCUCCACGUCCCCCUCGUCUUUGUCUCUUCUGGCUCUUUUGCUUUCUCUCUCUCUCUGUCCUGUCUUUAUUUGAUUCUCACAACCUCAGUCAGCAUCCCUUUUUUCUUCUCCAUGACAUACUUCCAGAAGAGGCUCUCUUUUGUUUUCUUUGAAGUGCUUCUUUAUUCAGGGACACUCUCUCCAUCUCUGUGUCUGUGUGUCUCCCCACCCGCCUGUCUUGUUAGGUUCUGGUUCUCUCCCAGAGCGCAUUUUUUUCAGGUCACUGUCAGUUUUGUGCUCUCUCUCCCUCUCUUUCUCUCUCUCUCUCCUCUGUCUCUCUUCUGCACUCUCUCUUUUGCAGAGCAGCUAAAGACAUUGCAGUGUGCCUAACGCAGACACACACAAACCAUGCUGGUUGCUGUCAGGGAGAAGCUGCUGCAGCGUGUGUGUGUGUGUGGUAUUAGUCUCUUAAAGGACCCUUGCUGUAGUCGAGCGCUGAUGCUCAACCUGCAGUGUUCAUCCUCCUGCUAGAGACAGCACGUCUCUCCUCUCCUCUCUCUCCAUCAUUCACUCGCCCCUAAUUCCUCACGCUCUCUUCCCUCAUUCCUCUCCUCUCUCACACACGGUCGUCAUCUCUCAAUCACCGCCAUUCACUCGUUUCACCUACACACACAUUGUGUUGCUAGUUGUGUGGGUUUGUGAGUGUGUCAGGGUUAAAGCCCUUAGUCAGAGGUGUGUGAGUCAUCAGUGUUGCUGUAGUCAGAAGAGGGGGAAUAGCCUCUUUUUCGCUUUCCUCCUCCUCCUCUCAUUCCAGCUGGACUUAAACCGGGAGAGGAAACAUUACCGCAGGUUCAGGGUCUCCCACCAUGGCUGCGGCCAUCCAGGAGUUCCAGAGGUCGGAGUCGGACCGACUCAAUGAAGUCAAGGGUCACCUGGAAAUUGCCUUAUUGGAGAAACAUUUCCUACAGGAGGAGCUGAGGAAGCUGCGGGAAGAAACCAAUGUGGACUCUCUGCGGCAGGAGCUGGAGAGAGAGCGAAACAAGAGGAUAGACCUGGAGCAGAAGAUGAACGAAGUGCUCAAGUCCAGGCUGGAGGACUCUCCCCCACAGCCUCCCCGAAAACAGCAGUCACCCUCAAACAAUGGAACAGCAGAUAAACAGCAGAAGGAGGUGUGGAGCUCACGGCUGCAGAAGUGGCUGUAUGAGCGCUUUGGGGUUUACAUCGAAGACUUCCGCUUCCAGCCAGAGGAAAGCACCGUGGAGACUGAGGAACCGCUAAGUGCUAAAAGGUUGACAGAAAAUAUGAGGCGACUCAAGCGAGGAGCCAGACCUGUCACCAACUUCUUAAGGAACCUCUCCGCCUUAUCUAAUUGGCACUCUGUCUACACCUCAGCUAUUGCCUUCAUUAUCUAUAUGAAUGCUGCUUGGCAUGGCUGGGCCAUUCCCAUGUUCCUCUUCCUGGCUAUCCUGCGCUUGUCCUUAAAUUACCUCAUCGCCAGAGGUUGGAGGAUCCAGUGGAGCAUUGUGCCUGAGGUCUCUGAACCCAUGGAGCCUCCAAAGGAAGACUUGACUGUGUCUGAAAAGUUCCAGCUUGUACUCGAUGUUGCACAAAAAGCACAGAACCUUUUUGGUAAGAUGGCGGAUGUUUUGGAGAAGAUAAAGAACCUGUUCAUGUGGGUGCAGCCGGAGAGCACCCGGAAACUUUACAUCUGCCUGUGGGUGGCUUUCAUCACCUCCUGCGUCCUGCCAUACAAACUGAUGGGCUUCAUGAUCGGCCUGUACGCCGGCAUCAAGUUCUUCAUCAUAGACUUCCUUUUCAAGAGCUGUCCGAAACUGCGGGACAAGUACGACACACCUUACAUUGUGUGGAACAGCCUUCCCACCGACCCCCAGCUCAAAGAGAGGACCAACGCCACUGUGUCACGGCGGCUCUCUGGCACUGAGAAGGUUCAGCCGGUGGUGUCUCGCAGCAGCCUCGCCACCGUCCCAUGUGGGGUGAGCAGAGAGGAGGAGACAGGGCGCUCCCACAGCACCAAGAAGGGAGCCUUUCAUGAGAUCUUCAACCUGCCGGAGUCAGAGCGCCCUCUGGCGGUGUGUGAGAACGGCUGGAGGUGUUGCCUGAUAAACAGAGACAGGAAAAUGCCCACAGACUACAUCAGGAACGGAGUGCUUUACGUCACAGAGAAUUACCUGUGCUUCGAGAGCUCCAGCUCCAGAUCCAGCUCCUCCAAAAAGAAUAAAGUUAUCAAGCUGGUGGACAUCACUGACAUACAAAAGUACAAAGUGCUGUCAGUCCUACCAGGAAGUGGGAUGGGCAUCUCCAUAGCCACUCCCUCCACUCAGAAGCCAUUGGUGUUUGGUGCCAUGAUCCACAGAGACGAGGCUUUUGAGGCCAUCUUCACACAGUACAUGAAGAUCAUGACCACCACCAAACCACCAGCCAGUGCAGAGCUCUAGACAACCUGCAACCCUGCAGCACGUCUCUAUACUGGAGCUAAAGUCUGAGGCAGUGAGCCUCCUGAGUUUCUACUGGACUGGAAGAUACUUUCAAACACCACACUCCUCUGCUCUGCCAGAGCCUCCUCCUCCUCCUCCUGUGAUGGGCAUCAGCUUCCUCAUCAGUGGUCAUCGGCCAGCUCUGUUCGGUGGCUUCCCUGUUUAUGGGCACGACGGGUGAAGAUGCGUGGGUGUAGUUGGGAUUCAGUUAUAUGACAUACUUUUUGUGGGUGUUGGACAAUUGACAAAACCUGCUAACUGGCUUUGUGAGGAGCGAGGAGCUAAAGUGUGGUUUUUAUCAAUCAGCAGAAGGUUGGUGAGGGGGCUGGUUCUCCUCUCCCACCUGACUGACCAACUGACUGACUGACUGGUUUCCUGACGUACUUGUUUCUGUGUUUGCAUGUUUGAGCGUGUGUAUGUGUGUUGGGGAAAAGGGGGGUCAGAAAUUAAGGUCUUAAAUUGGCCAUAUUUUUCUCUUUAUUCCUCAGUCAGCGGUCUACUGUGGUAGAAAGAUUAAGAAGUGCUCAACCUAGCUGUAAAAUGAAUAUCAUGAAACAACUAGUGGAUAAACAAAUAAUUCCUUUAACUGCCAGACGUGUAGGAACAAAUAUGUAAGUCUAGCUUUAUAAAUCAGUGCAAAAAUAACUAUUAAUGUUGAAAUAUUUAGAUGUUAAACUGGCUGAUUGGUGCCUCUUGCCAUUGCCCAACAAAAUUAUUCACGUGCGAGUGGUCAGUGAUUGUGUCUUUUUUUUUAAAUGUGUAUUAGCUGUGAAAAUGUCAGAUCACCAUUUUUGACUGACACAGAGCCUUUCUGUUAGUUUACAUUGCUGCUGUCUACCUUCUGGAUCUCCCCUCUUCCUUCUAUGACACACAUUUCAGCAGCGACAGUGUUUUAGUCGUCUUUGUCGAGUCAACAAAAACAAAAAAAUGUGGCGCUGCGUUGGCAUCUGCUUCGGUGUUUCUAAGUGUGCAUAUGUGAAAAGUAUAGUGAGCGUUUAUUUGAAAAAUGCCUUUCUUUUAAUUUUAUUUUUUUGUCUCUGUAAUGAACAGCCUUUGGGAUGAGUAACUGGUGGUCCCGGAGCUGCUGAUUGUUUCUGAGACGAGAGCACAACACUGACUGCCACUGAGAGUCAUGGCACAGUGGAUAACACAGCCUCCCAUGUCUAAGCUUCUCUUUUCAAGGCACAAUCUGUACAUAUAUAGAUUUUCUUUUUUUUUUUUUCUUUGUCAGUGGUAUUCUCCUGGCACUUUAUCAGAACGUUAACUGGAGUUCCUGACAUUUACGUCACAGCGCAUAGACUUCAAAUGCUCACUACUUCAGCUGGAAUCCAUGGUCAGUGUUUGCAGAUAGUUUCAAAGCUGCCAGUUAUAUCCUAUGGUAUUUCUCUCAUCUUGACUACUUGAGCCGGCACCGGUCACAUCCUGCUGGUGUCAGUGCAGCACAAAUGCCGUCGGAGCACACUGUAUCAAUGCAGGAUUGAUGUCUGCCACAGGGAGGAUGUUACUGUGAGUCAGACGAAGAAGGUACUUUACCUUAGAAAUGGAACCACUGGCAGAUUACCAUCACAUCAUGGCCCUUUGCACAUUUAAGUGUUGAGGAAUUGCAGCCUAACAAUCCAAGACCAGUGUAGAAAUAUCUAUUACACAUGUCCUCUUCUGAUUGGGUAUUCUCACUUCCAUAAACACCAGCUGGUCAGGCUGUUCAAGGUUAGAUAAGCAGUAACAAAUUCUGGAUUUAUUUGCAUGAGUCCUCUUUUUACAAUCCAAAAACCAGGAUUAUGAGCUAUAAACACAUGCCUAAUUAGUUUCUUUUGUGUGUUUGUUCUUGUUUGCUUCUCUGUAAUGCCACAGUGAGUAGAGAGUGUCAUCUGGGUGCUCUUCCACUUGUUCCAGAUCGUAAAUGUAGGAUUUUUAAAACAGUGGUAUAUGAAGUAUAUGGAUAAAGGUCUAGAGUGAGCAGAAUAUUUCAAUGUCACUUUAUUUUAAGACGCCAUUUGCAAGAGUAAAGCUGGUCUUUGCUCUUGCUGAAUGGUUUGAUAUGUAGAAAAUAAUGCCAAACUAAAUCAGACACUUUACCGUGUUUUGUGAGAUGAAUGGAGAUAGAAUACAGGACUUGAAGUCACGAUUUCUCUUCUGAGUUUAAUAUGAGAGACAGUAGAGUAGCUAUUUCACACUCCCAGCUUCUGUUUACUGUAUGCCCAGCAGCACAAGCUUCAGUUUCCUUGUAAAUCUUACAAAACACUGUUAAAAGGGAGACCUUGACAUUUGAAAAUUUACUUUUAUUCUGGGGAUUUUUACUCACUUCUUUUAGUUUAACAAUCCUUAAUCACACUUUUGUCUCCAUUCUUCAAGAAACGAUUGUUUUCAGUUUUCUUCCCUUGAACAUAAAAUGUCAAGGUUUCUCUUAAAGUCUAUACAAGUUCUCUUGUCAUCAUGAUUAAUUAGGAUCAAUUGGACUGGAUAUGAAGUUGCUGGAGAUGCAAUGGACCAGUUCAAACAACCACAUUAUAAUUAUUAUUUUUAGUUCAGCCUAAUUAAGGUUGGAUAUUUUUCUUUGACAUGCAUUUGUAUGCUUUGGCCUGUUUUACUAACAGGCUGCCUUUCCAGACAUGGAUUUCUAUUUUUGUUUAGGAAUACAUUUGAUCCAUGAAUGGAGGAAACCUGUCGGAUAUGAGAGCAGGUGAAAUCAGUAAAGUAAUUAGCGCUGUGUCACUGUGUGAUUGGAUGGCUCAUUGUAGUCUUAAAGCUACCUUUACCUGAAGCCUUUUGUAAUCUGUUAACUCUGAAAAUCAGCUCUCGGGGGUUUGCAGACCCUGACAAGGCUGCACUCAGAAAAGCACAGAAUGUAUCACGUUUUAAAUUUGUUUUUGUUUUCUUUGUUUUUUUCUUUUGCCAAAUCUUUAAAUUUCUGUCUGCCAUAUUCUGCCUACGCUCAUGUUUACAGAUGGUUGUAAAAAUUAUUUUGUUGUUUUUUUUUUUUUUUCUUUUCUGUUUUUUUAAAAACCCAGUUUGAAUUCCUUUGACUGUGGAGUUAUGAAGACUGGAUGGCUACACUGUUCUUGAAUUAAUGUCUCAGCUCUCAUUGGCUCUGCACCACUCAUCUGACUAUCUCUGCUCAUCUUAAAUCAAUAGGAAACUCAAGUCAUAGUGAUAACAGGAGCAGUAUUUUAAACCUCACACAGCAUGUAAAUUGUCAUAUCCAGCAUCACAGUACUUGGUUACAGUGUAGUGUAAGUUGCAGUGAAACAUCAGAUUCACAGGCUUCAUACAGAGCAGAGAUGGUCAUGGUGGACUGAAAUGGCAGCGUCAGUGUUUUUGACAUUUAGUUUGUCCAUUGUGACUUGAUGCACCUUUUGAAGUUUGUGACAGACAUAGAACAAAAGGUUUAAAGAAAUAGUUUGAAAUUUUGGAAAAUGCACUUAACUUGCUUUCUUGCUGAGAAUUAGAUGAGAAGAUUGAUACCUCAUUAAAAUCUGUAUGCUAAAUAUGAAGCUAAUCCCAGCAGCUGCUUAGUUUAGCUUAAUUUAGCAGGAUUUAGUUGCUUUUGGACAAAGCCAGCUAGCUAGAUUCUCACAAUAGGGUGGAAAUUACGAAUCACUUGGCUAGUUAAAAUCUUCUUUUGCAAUUCAGUUCAAAGAUAGUUAGCUUUGUGUAUCCUCGUUCAAAUGCACAAUGUACAUACGUAUUAGCAAGUUAAACAACUGUUACUUUGUGAGCAUAGAAAACUACAGCUCCCUAAAUAAUUUCAAUCUUAGUUAUACAUCUCUAUGUUGAAUAUGAAGACUAAUAGUUUCCUCCUGUUUUCAGUCACUGUGCUUAGCUAAGCUAAUCAGAUGCUAAUAGUAUCUUCAUAAUGAAUCACUCAUUCAGAUUGUUCAGUUAUCAGAAGUCUCGUCCACAGCACAUGCCAUUAGAAAUUCUCCUGUGUUUAUGUGGAGGCGGUUGCUGGUUCAACCUGUUCCGUUCAGGUUAGUAGACGAUUAUUUGUGACAGAUUAGUUCAAAAUAAGACUUUGAAGUCCAUGAUCCAUAAGUUCAUUCACAAUGACAACCACAAAUGGGAUAGAUGGCUAGACCCUCUGUUGUUUGGAGUCCCAUGGAUGUGGCUCCGGUCUCUAAAGGAUUUUCUGUGUUUGAUCUGUUGUUUGGCUGUAAACCAAACAGUGUUCUGGACCCGGUUAGAGAAAACCUGGGAUGAACAUCAAAUUCUGAGUAAAAAUUAGACUUGGUACAUCCUGGACCUGAGAGCAAAACUCCAUUCACUCGGGCAGUUAUCAGUGGGAGCGGGGUAUGUUUUGGGCUCAGCUGCCGGGGAGAGAUUUGUAUGGGAGUGGCUAUGGAAGUGGUGCCAGGUCUCUAAUCUGACUCUCAAGUGAUGCAGUAGCACUAUUGCAUCUUUCUUUUCCAGUCUAGAGCAUAACUCAGUGGUCAGAGGGGGUCUUUGCUUUUUCCUCGUCAUUGAUGUGCUCCAGAUUUUCCACCUCUUCCUCAUACCUCCUGCUGUUGCGUCCUGCCUUGACGUGUCAGUCUGUCACCUUGAAACAAGGCAGAAAUCAUCCUCUCUUUUUGGAGACAAUACUUGGCUUUCUGUUUGUGUGAUCUCCUAGCAGUGAAGUGGACUUCUUCUUCAAAUAGGGGUAAAACACCUAGUAUCAAGGCUGUGCUUAGCUCCUGCCUUACGCACCCCUUGAGUUUGAUACAGCCUUCAAGGUGAUGGGCCAAGGGUGCAGAUGGCUGUGACUGACUUCCUCUUACUCCCAAAAAGGAGCUGAUGGCUCCUUGAGUGAUGUCAGGUGGUGGGGGUGUGUGGGAAUGGGAUGUGGUUCAGGCUCUUCUCCAGGGAAACAUACUAGAACAUGUACAUUUGGAGUUUGCGUUAUUGGAGAAGGUGGACCAUAGCUGAGUGCAAGAGCUAGAGUUAAUGUUUGUGUUAUGGAAAUGAGGACUGAACUGUGUGUUACUGUUCUGUCCUGAGUAACAUUAACACUGACACAGUGGUAUCAGUCUUCUCAUGUAACCUUCCACAAGAAAACCAAGUGUAUUCUCCAAGAUGUAAAAAAAAAAACCAACCUUAAUGUCAUGAAUAGUCGGCUACAUACUGACUGCCAUACUGUACUGCUGUAUACUGUAUAUUGCUACUGGUAAAUGAUACCGAACAGUUUGAAGAUGUUACUGCUGUCAUCAUCACAGGGACUUUGUCAAAAACAGUGGCGUUGUCUUUUCACGGUCCCCUCCAUUGAAGCCGGUGUCCUCGCUGUUGUAUUAAAUAUGUAGUUCCUCUAACUGUGUGUAAAUGUUAAUUAAGGGUUUUCCAAAAGCAUUUCAACAUCCAAGUGAUCUACAUUGAGUGUACAGUACUAACUGCACCAGGGCUCCUGUCUCAUUUUGGUCAAUGUUCAAAUUAAUCGUCUUAUGGCUGCAAAAUCAGCCCUAAUCUGACAUUCUGACUGAAGUGAAUUUAAAAGCUGAAAUAAAUAAAAGAAUCUCAAGGAUUCAGUCCUGUUUUAUGGACUGUGACAGUACUCGUGAUAUUUGGUACAGACAGUGAAUUGCAAAUUAAAGCCCAAGUGUUACUGGGAAACACUGCAAUCAUCAUAAUGAGUAAUUAAUUUGUUAUCUGUGACAGUCGCUACAGACAUUUUUCUUUCUUUUUUUGUCAGAGGAAUUUGUAUACAAAUUAUUGAAAUGUACAAAACGAAAACCACUGAGUUUUUAAAAGACAUGUCUAUUGUAAAGGAUAAUGUGAUGUACAUUUUUUAAUUUAAGUAAAUGAAUUUAAGGUA